GGCAGGAGCUGGGCUUUCCCAGAUUUGCUGCCAUGGGGUGAGAGUUGCUGCACCCACUUGCUAGAUCCAGUUGUAAAACGAACCAGCAGCGUAACUUUGGAGACAAGUUCUGAACAAACCCUAGGCUGCAGGUUGUUGGUGCUCUAAUUGCAGCAAGUGCUGAUGGUUAAAGCAGAAGGCGAGGAGAGGAUAUAUGAGUCACAUGGGGUCUGUGGUUGUCUCCCUUCUGAUUAGAGGUGAUGGCACAGGGUCCGGCAGGCUGCUGGGGAUAGCAGAGAGCAGCAUACAUUACACUGGCCGCAGCUGAUACUGUAGGUAAGAGAAUCUCACUGUCAGCUCCUUAAUGGCUUUGCAUAGCUGCACAUGUGGAUUUUCCCAAAGACUCCCUUGACCCUGCUGACUGAGGGCCUGUCAGGCUGUGCCACGUUGGCUUAAAAGUGCCUUUAUAAAGAGGAGGAAGAAAAGGUCGAUUUGUUCUUCAGAUGGUGACACUCGUGCUUUGCUGUCUCUGUUGGGCUUGUUAUGGCGGGCUUGAAUGUUUCCAUUGCCUUCUUUCUCUCAGUUGUGGCUAUUUGUGAGGUGAUCAGGCAGGUUUCCAAGAGACUUCUGCCUCUUGGAGUGUACCGUGGUCUUGUCAGAGAACUGGUCAGCUCAUUACAGUUGUGUGCUUGCUGCCUUGAGCUGAGGAUGCUGAUGGAGAUUGGUCCCUGGGGUGGUGGCUUUGGCCCAGAUGUGAUUCUGACCCUCCUCUUCAUUACCUACUUGAUUCAUGGUGUGUCUUUUGAUGGAGCUUCUGCUAACCCCACAAUCUCUCUCCAAGAAUUCCUGCUCAUGGAUUCCUCCUUUGUGGCUACUGCUGUCAAACUUCUGGUCCAGUUUGUGGGAAUGGAGGCAGCUGGGAUUCUCACCACACACUACUGGUCCUGGGAGCUGACUGACUUCCACCUCAUCCAGAAUCUAAUGGCCCUGGAUUGCAGUUCCUCUAUCCAUACCUCUUUGUACCAUGGCAUCUUUGUGGAAGGCGUCUGUUCUUUCUUUUUCCAUUUGGUGGCUCUCAAGUUUCAGCACAGCCACCCUCUGUACAGAGCGCCUGUCCUGGCAGUGACUGUGACCACCCUGGCUUACAUAGCUGGGCCUUUCACAGGGGCCUUUUUCAACCCCACUCUGGCCUCCAUCGUUACUUUUCACUGUUCUGGGAACAUCCUGCAAGAGUACGUCCAGGUUUACUGGCUGGGACCUCUCACAGGGAUGCUUGCAGCCCUGCUCUUGUACCAGGGAAACAUCCCAAGGCUCUUCCAGAAAAACCUGCUUUACAGUCCUAAGAGUAAAUACUGGACCCCCAAGGGGAAGGCUGUGCCUGGACUCAAACAGACAGGAGGCAAUGGGGAAGGGCAGCUGCAGCUGCGAACUAAGCCCCGGAGCUGAGUGAAGGGCGAGAGGGUCCCUCAGCCAGUGCCCAUCUCUCCUUCCCAUCAGGCCCUCCCAUGGCCAGACUGACAGGAGCCGGGCCUGAAGACACCUGGCCAGCUCUGUAAUGUGUGAGCAAGUGUUCACUGGGGGCACCAUGGGCUUUUCAUAUCACUGUGUAAGUGUACCAGCUGCUUUGGCCACAUGCGAACAAUCCCUCCGCACUGGCCCAUGGACACCUGGCUGUGAAAGCCCCCGGAGAACGUCGCCAGCUAGUGCACACCUGACCAGCAGCAGAGUGGUGCGAUCACAAGCUCCAAUACUGCACCAAAGCACGACCUAAAGGGCACAUGCCUUCCACCCAGCACACAUCCCUCCUUCCUGAUCUUCCCCAGCCCGUCUCCCUUGGGGGCAGGACAGGAAAUCAGCACCACUAUUCUGCUCCCUCAGUACAGCCAGGCAUCCACCCACCUCGCUCCCCACGGAAAGGGCUGGUGCUGUUGCAGGGUCCCAGGGCUGUGCUCACAUGUGACUGUCCACUCUCUGGCUUGGCUCACUGCCAUUAAAUACAAAUAAUGUCACUGCCAUUGAAUACAAAUGUUACCUCCAGAUAGUGGAGCAAGUCCCCCUAGACAUCUGUCUCUAGUGGUACAUUAAGUUCUUCCCCUGGAACAUCCAUACGCUGUCAUUUUAAAAAUAGAAAAGCAAAGCAGUGACUGCUCAUUGAAACAGCCCAUUCCAAAGUAUCCUGCAGUUCUUCACUGCUGGCCCCUCUGGCCAAGAGGGGCUUGAGUGUCGGAAAGUUCGAGACCCUAAGUUUUUCCUGCUUCACUCCAGCCUCAACAGUGAAUCCAGCCCCCAGACUCAGCCCAGCCAUGCAGAGGCUGUCCGUUUCCUCUUUGCCAACAGCAAUACAAGCUGAGUUGGGAAAGCUGGCUAUAAUUGCUGCCCCUAGCUAACAGGUUGUAUACUAGGGAGGAAAUUUGCCCCAGAAGAGACUAUUCUGGCACGAUCUGAGCAGUGCUCAAAAGGCUCCGUCCUGCCAGAUGCUGAGCACUCUGGCUUUGAUACAGCCAAGCACUUAAGUAGAGUGAAGUGAAAAUCAGAAUUUGUUGUAUGAGAAAUUCUGUUAUUUUCAUCCCCAAUUGGGACAAAAAGUCAAUAUCAAAAUUCGUCAUGGAAUGAAAAGUUCCCCAAAAUUUCAAUCUGAAAAUGUUGAAACAUUUUAUUUUGACAUUGAUUGAAACAAAAUGUUUGUGACUGUCUUGAGUCAAAAUGCUUCAUUUGCAUCAGUUCAGUAUUAAACUACAUUUGCCAAUGGUACUGUGGUGCCUCAUGGGAGUUGUAGUUCAGGUGCCUCUUGCUGCCAUUCACCAAGGCCAGGCUCCUGGGCGUGACUAUAUUUCCCAUGAUGCUCUACAGUCAUGUAAUGUCCAUGUAGCCCGGUGUGUGAUGUUUCACUCCAUAUUCUUUAUGAAAAUAUGCUGAUAUGAAUAUCACGUAACUGAGAUGUACUUUAUGUAAGAUGGGUCAUGUAAGGUAUCAUUGGAAAGGUUAUGAUUUACUGAAUGUGAUUAUCCAGUUUCGAAGCCUGCGUCAUUUCUGUAUCUGAAGUUAGGAAUAUUAACUAUGUAUCUGUAUUUCAAAUGCAUUGCUUUGGGUAUCACCCCCAACCAGUGCUUCAGGUACAACAAUGGAAAAGCCAGACCAGGCUAAUGGGCCAUAGCGGAGACAAGGGACUAUGAAAGAGCUUAGUCUUCCUGUGGAUGCUGGAAACCGCCUACGAGCAAUGGCUGCCACAGCCCUGCAGAGACUGGGUCCGAGUCACCUGGUACUGGACACCUCUCCUCCCCUUUUGGAAUGCCAAUGGUUUUCCACUAGAAAAAGGGUUCCCGCCUUGCACAAGAGCUAUAUAAGGUAGGGGAGUGACAUCAUCAUGGUUCUCUCCUCUGCCUCCCCUCCCAAAGAGAUACUGAAAAAACACCUGGAAACAAGAACUGAACUGGAGGCAGAAGGGUUGAACCCAAGCUGGAAGGGCAUCUAGCCUGUGAGUAAUAACUAAGGUCUCAGGAUGGACACUAGUGCAUCUGCCUUUCAAGACUUUCUGUAAUCUGCCUGCAGCAAUAUCUAGGGUGAGAACAUAAGAAUGGCCCUAUUAGGUCAGACCAAACAUCCAUCUAGCCCAGUAUCCUGUAUUACGACAGUGGCCAGUGCCAGGUGCCCAGAAGGGAAUGAACAGAACAGGUAAUCCAUCGAGUGAUCCAUCCCGUGUCGCUCAUUCCCAGCUUCUGGCAAACAGAAACUAGGGACACUAUUCCUGCCCAUCCUGGCUAAUAGCCAUUGAUGGACCUGUCCUUCAUUUAUCUAGUUCUUUUUUGAACCCAGUUAUGGUGUUGGCCUUCACAAUAUCUAUUGGCAAGGAGUUCCACAGGUUGACUGUGCAUUGUGUGAAGAAAUACUUCCUUUUAUUUUAAACCUGCUAUUAUUUGUUACCAAUUAAUUAUAUUUGUAACCAAUUGUUUUUAGUGAAACUAGCUUAGUUUGCAUGUUUGGUUUAAUUUGUUUAGUAAUCUGCUUUGUUCUGCUUGUUACCACUUUUACCACUUAAAA